AUGGCCCGGGUAGGGCGUCCUACCCGCGAAGACGUACUUGACAAGUACGAAAUGAUGGGCGUCGUGGGAGAGGGCUCCUACGGCACCGUACACAAAGCCCGCAACAAGGAGAGCGGGCAAAUUGUGGCGAUCAAGAAGUUUCUCGAGGAGGACUCGAACUCGUUCAAAAUCGCCAAACGCGAGCUGCGAGCGCUCAGACAGCUCAGACACGAGAAUCUCGUCAAUAUGCUGGAACACGCGAGACGAAGAAGACGACUUUUUAUUAUUUUUGAAUAUGUUGAUGGAACGCGCCAGCAAAAGACUCAAUACGUACGCGUUCGCGGAGAAACGAAAAUCAACCAUGUAGGAGGUCUCAUUCAAAAAGUUGUUACGAAUAUAGAAAAUGACGCAGAUAAGCCAAAAGAGAACUGGACCGAGUAUGAGCUUUGGUGGCCAUCGCAGCGCAAAUGGCUUCUCAAGCAUCACUGGAUGCUCGAAAAAUACAACAUCCAGGCAGAUACAGAGCUAGAAUUCACAAAGCGAAACAAAAGCCUGUUCGUCGAACUUCCGAACCGCAAAACCCUCAAAGUCAAAGCAAACUUCAGCAUCGAUGUCUUAUCCGUUGUUCGCGACAUUUGCUACCUCUGUGAAAUCAGAUACCAUACAGAAAUGUCUCUCGUCAAAACCGGUCAACAGAUACGCGAUGGAGCUCUCGAUAGUGCUCAAUCACCUACUAUUGAGCUCAAGAACACUCAGGAAACGUACGGUACUAUGCGCGCUCCAGCACGUCACGGAUCCAAGAAUGAGAAGCUCUCUAGCGGAACAGUGCUAGAGAAUACUUCAGAUGAAGACUACAAGAAACUUUCUGCACCAAGCCAGAAGCUUGAUACUGAAACAGUGCAGGCUGCACCAAAAGAUCUACGCCAGAGAGCGGAAGAAACAAGCCGUUACUUGGACUCGCUGAAAAGCUUGAUGGAGCAGGGAAUUCAAGAAAACUCCUUGGUGAAGCUGCGAUUCAAAUACUACAGUUUCUCUGGCUUGAGUGAAAAGUCAGAUGUGUUCAGAAUUCACCAGAUGUACGAACAGCUUAAAUACACUGUCCUCACUGAUGAUACCCCGGUGUCCGAGGAUCAAGCACUGACUCUAGGUGCGAUUCAAUACUUCAUCGAUGAAUUCAAAGGUCCGGAUUCGAAGCAAGCUGCGCGUCAUGGCAGCUUAGAGAAUGAGCCACUAUCGACAUCAGAUGAUAUGAUCAAAGCGAUGCUCUUAGCCUUAGAGCAAGAUCUCGAAGGAUCAAGCCACCAAAAACAAAAGCAGGAAAAAACUUCAAACAGCGAUUCUGGAUUAGCUACGAAAAAAACAGAACUCUGCGCUUUCAAAAGUCGAGAGGAUGCGUUUAACAGAAAGAAGGAAGCUUUCAAGAUUGAUAUUCCUAGAGCCGAGCUGACUUCUGAUGUCUCAAUCAAAGAGAAGAAGUUUAUUGUAAAAAUCAAGCCGCAUACAAGUCUUUCGAAAACUACCUCCUGUAUAAAAAACUUAAAUAAGAACUUACGCGACGAGAUUUGGCUGAAAUUCGAAACUGACCACGAUUACUGCAAAUGGUUCGCUGCCCUGAAACUUGGAUGCAAGGGCCAGACCAUGGCCUCGCCUAAUUACAGUCUCGAAAUUAAUAAUUUAAAAGAAGUGAUCAAAAUCCAAACACCAAGUAGCCUUCAAAGACCAGUCACUCUUCGCGAUCAUCCAAACUUCGAUCCAAAGUAUUAUGUGCCUAGAAGACUACUGCGCAAGCUCGGCCCAGAUGCAAUCACCCAGCAUAUUCUUUCCCAGCAAGAUUCGAUAUCAAAAACUGUGAAGAACUGUUCCACAACUGCAAAACGCUAUUAUAUCAACACUUGGCAGCAUAUCGAAGAUGCUGGCUGGGCGUAUUUCAAUGUUACUUUCAGAAAAGACUCUAAAAAAGCUACUUAUCUGGCUCUCUCUAGUGAAAAGAUCAUGAAGCUAGACGACUCGGGCAAAGUCAUCAUCUCCUGGUGGCUUCAAAAUCUAAAAGAGUGGAAGAUCAACUGGUACGCAGAUCCUAAGCAUGUGACCCUGUUGUUCGACAGUGGCAAUCAAACCGAGAAAAACGGAGAAGACAGUAAUGCCAUUGCAUUUUUCAUUCCAAGCGAAAGAAACCCAACUGGAAACAGAAAAACGCAGGAGUAUGAGCAGAGAAGAAAGCUCCAAGUCGUUCACGAGUACAUUGGCGGCUACAUGUUCCACUACAAGAACAAAACAUCAGAAGCCGACCGAGCCGAGUCCGAGCAAACUUUGAGGAGCAUUCUUGAAGUGAGCACGCCUUGGCACAACUAA